AUGGAAGCAGCUCAUUACCGAGCUGGCGGCGCGGCAGCCGCAACGACAGCAAAAUUCAUCAGCGACAAGGGGGUGAAGGUGCACCACGGGCUCGGGGGUUGGUCGGAAUAUAAUAACCAGCGAGCUCGGUUUGAGAGUGCGAAGCCAUACAUAAAUCUGGAGGCUGUACUCAAGCACCACGUUCAAACAAUUCUCGGUGCAAAGUCGAAUGACUGUUCAUCCUGGGAGACAGUCUUCGACAGAGUCACCGAAGCUGAGAAAGAGUGGCGAACCGCCGACGAAAAAGGCGCGCGUGCAAUUUUCUCUAAGGCAUGGCUGAAAUUCGGGGAGAAAAGGGAACUGAUCGAUCCUUGGAUUAAUAUCAUUCCUGACAGUUACGGACUAGCUGUUGUGAAAGCCGGGAUUGCGGUUGCAUUGAAUUUAGCAGCAAAGUCGGCAGAAACAAGGCAAGAAAUAAUCACCACAUUUCAUGAACUCCAAAUCGCUAUCGUGGAAAUGAAAUGUAGACGGCGAAGUUUUCAAACUGACCCGGAGAUGAGCCAGCACACAAAGGACCUUUACAUUGCCAUCGUCGAUGCGAUAGAGAUUCUUCUCAACUCUCUCCCCGCAAAACGCUUUCUCGAUCGCGACGGGGCCGUGAAGGAAAAGAGGCAUUUCCGAAUAACAUCAAACUCCAAAGUUCGAAAGCAUGAUGAAUCUCCAGAACAAGCACUGCAACGAGUCAAGGAAGCUUCAAAUAUGCUCUCACUCGCUGCUGAGAGGUGUCGGGACACGCAUAUAGAGGCGAUCGAGCGAUAUUCAAGAGAUACGCAUCAAGAGGUUCAUGUCAUGCGUUGGAACCAGAAGGAAGCGGAGAUCAACACACGCCAAAUCAAUGGAGACGUGCAGAUCGUUAAAAGCGGAAUCAAUGACAUAUCCAGUGGGCUGACUGAGGUCCAAAAGCUUGCUCAGAAUACGGACGGUAUCCUGCAAAACGUCUCAAUCGAUGUCAGAGAGGUCAAGUCGGGAAUUGAGGCCGGGGAGAAACGGCACCUCGAGAUCAUCCAAUUGAUUCAAAGAGAGGAGGAGAGGUUGAAUCAUUUCAUAGAGACCCAAUCACAGAUGAUGGGUAACAGCCAGGACGCUAGGAAUCAAAUGUUGCAAUUCUUGCUCGAGGAUUGGAGGAAAGAGAGAAGCCUCAACUUACAGCUUCAGCAACGUCUCUAUGUUUCCGAGAUUGAAGGCUCUCCUCGCAGGGAAGAACGAAGCUCCGCGGCAGUGGUCUCCCUCUCCCGACUCUUGGAAGUUUUGGUUCAAUCGCCCUCGGGUGGAGGCCAGCCGCCCGAUUACGGUGCAGCAUUCGGGCAGCCCAAUGACGAUUUGGAGAUUGUUCUAGGAAAGAAAACUACUUUCGAUGCACAGACGCAAAGUCAAGCGCAGUCCGUGUUGCAGAAUGUACGUUUCAUGGAAUGGAUGAAUCAAGAACACCCAGACCUGCUCCUUGUCGAUGCGAACCUUCGAUCCUUUGCACUCCACAAUGUGUCUCCUAUCUCCGUAUUCUGUGCAACAUUUGUGUUGAGCAUGGCAGCAGUCCGACCGGAGGAUGUGGUGAUACGCUUCUUCUGCGGAUUGCAUUGUACCACGUCAUCGAAAGAUCAUUGGGCUGGACCCAACGGGCUGGUUCGAAGUCUCGUCUGUCAACUCUUGCUGAUAUUGCAUCGACGGGACCUUCUGAGCAUCAAUUUCAUCAAUUCGAGAACCUUGCUCAAGCAGCUAGAAGAACAUGACCUGGACAAGCUCUGCGUGUUGCUGCAUCAUUUAGCCCGCCAAUUCCCUUCAGACGUAACGGUAUACUGUAUCAUUGAUGCGGUGUGUUGCUUUGAUAAAGACCUUCACAUGAGCUUCCAGGAACUGACGACCAUCAUCGAAUACUUACAUGGAAUUGUGCAGGAUGACUCGCUUAGAGCUCGAUUCAAAGUGAUGCUGACGAAUGCAGACCACAGCACCAAGCGGUUGCGCCAGCAAGUUGAUGUGGAGCAGCACAUCACUUUGAGCUCUCAAUGCCUGUCGCUGCACGCCAUUUCCGAUCGGGCUGUCACAGCAGGCAUCUCGCGGCCAUCAACACCCUCAAUUUCCGACACGAGAGAGUGGGACGAUGAUGAUGAAGCAGAGGCAGAAGAUUCUGGAUGGUAG